CUCUCUCUCUCUCUCUCUAACGGGACGAGCUCUAGCCUAAUCCGCUUCCUACAGGCGUCCAGAUAACCAAGAUAAUACACACUUGCAUUUAACACCUCCAAAACAACAACAGCAGCAGGCAACCAUGACCAUAGACGCGCCCGUUAUUCUGUCCGCGCUUUUCUUCACUAUUAUCGCCAUAAUAAUCGCAACGACGCUCCUGGCGAGGAAACCUGCGCCGAAGAAAGAGCCGAAGGAGAAGAGAGCCGAGCGGCUGACAGAGCUCCACCAGCCCGAAGAGGAGCAGCAUGUCCCGGCGGCAGCUCUGAGGAGGGAAGACCCCUGUCAUGCGGAACUCAUCUCACCUGUACAGACCGAGGAGCCGGUUUCUGCAGUCGCCCCUGUGAUUGAGGAUGUGGGAGCUUUGGAGGAUCAGCCUGAGAUCAUCGCAGUGCAACACACACCUGUGCAGGCAGCACCAGAGCCAGAGCCCAAGCCUGAGCCUGUACCUGAAGCAGUUGUAGAAUCUGCACCUGUAGAAGAGCGAAAAUCUGUGUCAGAACCCGUGACAGAGCCAGUACCCAUCAAGGAGCCUGUCCCAGCACCAGAAAUUGUGAAAGAGACUGUCCCUGCACCAGAACCUGUAAAGGAGCCUGUCCCAGCACCAAAAACUGUGAAAGAGACUGUCCAUGCAACAGAACCUGUAAAGGAGCCUGUCCCUGCACCAGAACCUGUAAAGGAGCCAGUCCAAGCACCAGAACCUGUAAAGGAGCCAGUCCAAGCACCAGAACUUGUAAAGGAGCCUGUCCCAGCACCAGAACCCAUAAAGAAGCCUGUCCCAGCACAAAAACCUGUAAAGGAGCCUGUCCCAGCACCGGAACCUGUAAAAGAACCUGUCCCAGCACCAGAACCUGUGCCUGACCCAGUAAAGGAGUCUGUCCCAGUACCAGAUCUUGUGCCUGAACCAGUGAAGGAGUCUAUCCCCGAACCUGUGCCUGAACCAGUAAAGGAGUCUGUUCCAGCAUCAGAACCAGUGAAAGAGUCUGUCCAGGAACCAGUGCCUGAACCAGUCCAAGAUGUGCCCAUCCCUGAACCCGUCUUUGUGCCAACCCCUGAACCAGCACCUGUGCCCGCCCCAGUAACUGAACCAGAGGCUGUGUCCACCCCAGAGCCACUGUCUGUACCUGCCACUGAAGUAAAAUCUGUACCCCUCCCGGAGUCUCCAGCAACCCAAUCUCUUCCAGAGGUCUUGGAGAAUAAUGACGUAGCCUCCGCUGUGGCAUCAGAUGAAGCCGAGAUGCUCGACACUAAGAAAAGCAGCAAGUUUGAGAAGAGAUUGACCAAAGAGGAGGUGGAGGAGGAGCAGAGGAUAGAGUUGACAAAUGACUUUACCGCUCUUUAAACCGCAGCAGGCAGUAAAGCCUCUGUCACACACUGAGAUGCUGAAUAAAGCAGAAGUGUGUCAUAUCAGCCUCGAGGAUCACUGGACUCUGGAAUAUUUGCCAUUGUACUCUUUCUUUUCCGUUUUCUGUGCAUUUCUGCCUGUGAAUAGCAAGCUUCCUUAAGCGAAACACCAAAGAUUAACAUCAGAUUGUCAGGAUUUGUUUUUAAUAGAUACAGAUGUACAAAAGAUAGUUCUAAAUAUGGCUUUGAGUGUAUGUAAUGUCUAUUAAAAAGCAGUAAUGAAGGGUUUGACUUAACACAACACUCUGACUGUGAUGUUGUAGUUUAAACUGAAGGAUUAUUAUUUUCUUCUGCUUCUGGUUGAAUGUGUGUGUUCUUGAUGAGCUCCAUCAUGCCCCCUAAUGGACAAAACUGUGACCGUCAGCAGCUGAUGGACAUAAAUCACACCAGCGCAUGAAGAAAUGUGGAAAACAUGCUGAGGUUUUCAUGUUGUUGGAUGUGUUUUGAGAAUAAACGAAGGUGAAUCUUAUAAAAA